AACGUCCAAUCGGAGGCCAGCAUUUUGCCCGGAAAAGCGCUGUUUUUCACUGAGGGUUUAGUUUCUACAUGCGGGGGCUGGCUGUGUUCAUAUUGCAUGCUAUACAUCUCAUACCAUUCUACCCUGUAUAUCCUUGGAGUGCACAUCAUUAAAGCCUGUCUACUUUUUGUUAUUCGGUGAUAUAAACGAAGGCGAAUCUCUGCUCUAACUCACAGUGCCUUUAUUUUGUUUAAUCGAAUCUUAUUCACCGAUAGAAGAAGGGUUACAAUAAGGGGCGUGUCACCCCACCGGACUAUUUCGGGAGCUUGUUUUUUUAGUCGGAGUUUGGAACUUUUGGGAACUUGGUUUUGGUUUUUAAAAUGGCAAGGUGGGAACAAAUGCUGUUGGUUUUGGCGCUGCUGGUUGUAGCUGUCACUAAUUCGGCGCCGGUGGAAGAAAUCAACAAAGAGACACCGGCGAGUGAACUGUUAACAAAAGAGACAGAAACGUUGGGUGUUGAGAGCAAAUAUCCUGUUCAAAUCGAAGAUGUCGAAGAGGAGAAAACGUCUCAAGAAACAAAAGAGGGCGCUAUUGCGAAAGAGUCACCAGAGGAAGUAGAAGGAUCAGGGGUUUCAUCGGAAGAGGAAAAGGAGGAGGUAGUCACGCCCAACAAAGAAAUCGUCGACUACAGAGAUAUAGAGGUUGAUGACGGAAGUGACGUCAUCAAUGAAAAUAAUGAAGUGUCCUACGCUGCAGGUUUAUUCGACGAUAACUUCGAUGAUUACCGUCUCGACGAACAAGAAGCCAGGGAACUCCUACGAGAACUUAGUGAUCCCGCACAGGUGGCGCUAUUCAUCAUGGAGUCCGAUGACGUCACGGGUUUCUUGAAGGCAGUUGGCAUGCUCCUUGAACAGAGAUUUAUCAGUGAGGAAUACGCGUUCUUCGUCAAGGAGGCAGUCUCUCAAGAGCUGGAAGAACUAUUGAUGCUUCAAGACCAAGAACUCUUCGGUAACCCCAUGGGUCUUCAGAACCCCGUGGAUCCAGAUUAUGUUGAGGAGAUUUUGAACCGACCUGCCCCGUACAACCCUCAAGACUACAUGGACUAUCCCAUGCCAUACGAGGAGACAUAUCCUGAGUCUGUGGACUAUGAGAUGUUCCAGAAACCCUACUCCGAAGAGACUAUUGCACUGUCCGAGAUUGCUAACAUUGUUGCCGACCAAAUUGAAAAUGGUGAGAUGUCAACAGACAGAGGCGAAAGAAUUAUAGACAUCCUCUCACAGCUUCUCCCGGAAAGCUUCUGGAACGAAGGAGAAAUCUCAGAAGAAAUGAUGCAAGAAAUGGGACAAGAUUUCUCCAACCUCUACCCGUCCAUGCCUAUUGGAGACGGCUACCAAACCUUUGAAGAUGAAGAAGACGAACCACUUCCCGGUGGAAAUAGACACGUCAAGGAAGAGGUGGUAGUAGACAAGGAAGGUCGACCCGUUGCUGAGGUGCUCCAAACCAUAGAAGAGCAGGAGACGGGAGACGUAUUGGAUGGAGAAGAUGCUAAAGAAGCCGAAGAGGAACUUGAGAAAGAGCUGGAGGAGAUCGAACCGGAGGAACAAGAUGAUUUUGAACAAGCACUUCAAGAUGUUGAGGCAAUUGCAACGGCUGAGGAGGAGUCUAAAGAUGACCUUGAUGACGAGAUGGUUGAUGCCGCUGAUGACAAUUCUGCAUGGAAGGACCUUGUAUUGCUUCUUGAUGAAGGAAAAGUUUCAGACGAGUUACUGAAAGAGCUUGGAAUUUUCAACAAAGAUCUGGAUUUAAGGGGCGAAUUGGACUAAAAACACCUUGAUAUUGGAAUUGAUUUUUUUAAAAGGUUAAAGUAAAAUACCAACUGACUGAAGCAAAAGUUUUAAUACUUUAUGGACUAAGGGUCAAACAGACUUUUUUUGUUAACAUUUAUUAUCUGUUUUGACUCAAUUCUGCUCAUGCCAACCGGCAUGUUCAAGCUCUAAGUGAAACAGUUAUGCGGUCUCGAAAUACACAAUCUUCAGCCAUGUUCAUUUACAGAUAUUUAUUGUACAGAAAGUGAAAUGAAACUUUUAUUUAUGCCACUUUGCAAGACCCAUUGGUGAGAUGAAAUGAAAUCCUCACUCAUCAUGGGAAACUUCAAGAGAAUUCAAACAUACCGCAUUUUUAUUAUAAUUUGUAACGAAUUUGUUAAUUUCUUUAUACAACGAGGUGUUUCCUAGAGUUUUAAGAACAAGUAAAACGUCUUUGAGUAAAAUAAAGUCACCAUACAUCACGAAAAGACACGCCUUCUUCUUCACCUUAAUUUACCCAUCAGUCUAUUUUAUGUCUCCAUUGUUGUUGUUGAUUGUGAAUAGUGUGUUACGAUGUUUAUUUUAUCCACAUUCACUCACCUCAAGUUAUGUUUCCUCAAAUCACUUCAAAUAUUCCUUACAAAACCGAUGCGCAGCGAUAUAAUAUGAUUUAUUUCGGAAAAAAUCUUUACAAUGCCGAAAAUAAUUUGCAAUUCUACAUGGUAAUUAUACCAUGUCCUUUCAUUGGUUUUGGUAAAGAGAAGAAAAGUGUGUAAACAUUUUCUCAAUCCAGCUGCUCGAUUUAAAUUUUAGUAAGUUACUCAUUUUGCAUCAAUGUUAUUGUUGUUUACCCAUUUCUAUAUUUAGAUAAAGAACACCGAAAAUUGAAACAUUUUAAUGGGAACGGUUGAGGUAUUUUGUUCAUAGUGUGGCCUUAAUUUAAAAACAAAUUAUUAAAAAUAAAUAAAACAAAAUCCCUCGAUGGAAAGUUAUUUCAUUUCCAAGAUAAUAGAUUUAAGUUCGUCUGGGCUUUUCUGUUUUAUUUUCAUACGCUAUUUUCUGUUAAUAUGAAAUUUUAUGAAAACUAAAAAACAGGAGUGUAAAUAAUAAUCUUAAAAUACUGCAAAGAAUAGCUUCGAUGUCAGACAGCCUGCCUUACUGCAAAGAAUAGCUUCGAUGUCAGACAGCCUGCCUUUAUGUCGCAUUUGUUGUAAUGCAUAACUCUAGCAUGUCUCCAACUUAAAUAAUUAACAACAUCAAAACUAGUUUAAUUUUAAGAGUAAUUCAACUGUAAGAAAGGUUUUCGAUGAUACUAUUAUUGAGGAUAUUAUAGCAUAAAAUAUAAUUCAGAUAUUGAUUGUUACUUGACGAAGAUUUCAGCUGUAUUUUUCUAUUUAUAUUGAUUAUCAAAACAUUGGCACAGAAUGCAUUAUCUAUAUAAACACUUAUUCCUUUAUUUUGAAAUAAUUAUUUAUAAUUAUGAGUAUUCAAACUUAGAUGAGUUAUCCUUAUUGUCAGAGGCGUAAAUACUACAAGCAACUAUCUUAAAAACUAUCUUGUAUCUUGUUGGUGUUCAAAUAGCACCCAGUUUUCCUCAUAACAAAAAAGUAUAAUUAUAUGACCGAGAACUACAUUCCCAAAACUGUUUCAACUUUAUUGUUUUGUGAUGAUUUUUGCAAAUUUAACACACAUUAAUUAAAAGAAGCCAACUCAGAUUAAACAAAAAUUAAAAGGCAUUUUCGAAAAACCAAACUUGAGGUGGUAAUAAACGGACUUCACAAAUCACAGAAUGGUGGAUAAGGUUCAAGCCAGAGCCUAUGACGAAGCUUAAGUUUCGAAAAUGCCUUGAGUCGUGACUUUAUAAGAAAUAGCCUUUAACUAAACAAUCAUGUAUAGGUUGUUAGUGUAAGCAUAUUUUAUAAUAAAAAGUACAAAACAGCUUUUGUUUUAAUGAAUGUCCACCACCAGCGCAAUCAACAGCUUUUGGUCUCGAGCUAGCCUUAUCGCGCACAUAUCACAGCAGACGUCUAGGUAACAGACGUGUUGCAGCUCGCUGCCAGUGCCAACCUCGCUCCCAGUGCUGAUUGAUAUCGCAGCGCCAUUUUUAUUUUCCAGACGUCUUCUUAGACAUGCCUUGUUCGCUGAGUUAUGAGAGGGGAUCGAUGUACGGUGGGCUGCCCAUGGUAGCGAGGUUGCGCUGCGUCCGUUACUCCCCCCCCCCCCACCCACACCGAUACUAUAUAUUACGCUAUAGCGAUACCAUUAAUAAUUUAAUAAGUACCUGUUGUAAAUAUUACAGCGUCUUUGUGAUACGAUAAUAACCAAAAGAUUUAUGAAGACAAUCUAUACAAAUUAAAUUAUAAUUAUGUUGUCUACGAAAAAGCUUGUAUUGUAUUCAAACCGUUCAAAUAAUAAUUAUCCAAAAAGAUAUCUAAUAUCAAUACCAAUAUUAUAUCUGUAUUAAAAACGCAUGUAUACUUAGUGAUACCUUCAACUUGGCCAUUGUAAGUUAUAGCUCGCAAGUAGAAAACUUUGUACAUACAUAAAUAAACUGUUAGAGUGAAGUAACAUUGUGCAUUAAUUAUAGCAUUCCGGUGCACGGAGCUCCAGAAGUGACAUAGCAACAUAUUAUAACCAGAGAGUAAACGUGUGGAGUUAAUUUAUCGUGGCACCUUUGGAGCCCCAUACUUAAGCGUUAUGGUCAGAAUAAUACUUGUACAUCACCAUCUGUUGUGUAUAGAGCUAUCUCUGCAUUUUGUGAAAUGGGUAAAUGAUGCGUAGAUUUAGUUUGAACUUCGGAAUAUCAAACGUUGUUGAGAUCCCAUAAUGUACGUCUUAUAAUUAACCACGGCAGCUGACAAAGAAAAACGUACACUGUGAUUGGGGAAAGGUAAACGAAGAACUGAUUGGACUAGAACCAGAUCUUGCUGAAGUUAGAAAACAAGGGGCUUUUUAGCCCAUCAGAUGCAGUAUAAUUGCUGGAAGUUGGGCCAGUAUAGAACACAUACCAGAGAAUAAAGGGAUCGUUGAUUAUGUGUGACAAAACAGGUGUCUUGAAGAGUUUCACUGUAUGCAAUACAAAAUUCUCCAAAUAAAACAAAAUUGCCUAAUAAACGGUUGUUUCACCAGAGAAAUGAUACCCUCCCAUGUCUAGCUCUCCCAUCAUGAUUUCAUAACGAGUAUCUUUUAAACCUUUUUAUUUAGCCGUUCGAAUAAACUUCAUUCUAUAGGCCUUUACCGCCGCAACCACUUUUCCAUUAAUGGUGAGACUGGGGUCGGUAGCGGGAACUGUGCUUAAUAGGUUAUUGAGAUUUGUACCGCACAUGCCCAUAACUAUGUAAACACCUGUAAUGACUGUUGCCACCUUCACUGUUGACACCAUUCUAUCAUUAAUUGAAAACCAUUUUAGCGAUAAUAUUAUAAAAAAUUUGCAAAAAUAGAUUCUAUAAUAUAGACGUAAAUUAUCGGUUUGCUGAAGGGGAUUUAACGACAAGAGCUUUUUUCAAUUACUGAUUUAUAUUUUAUUUUUUACAUCAUACAGACAAGUAAGUGUUUGCAUAAAUUUAUUAAUUUAUUAAUAAAUAUUGUUUUAGUAUAGUCACUUGUGUUGUUGGCAACCAUGAUCUGGAUCAAAUGUAUAUUCAGCUUUAUUUUAAUAGAAACAAUACAAUUUUCAAUAAGAUUAAUGGUAAUAAUAAUAGUAAGAUAUUUUAAAAUGAUGGUACAUAGGCCAAUCGGAAGCAAGUGAUAGUGGACUGAUAGCAACUCUAAUCAUACACGGGUAGCAUGAAUGCGGGUCCACACAGAGUAGGCCCUACUGCAUUUAGCCUAACUCAAGUAGAUGAUGAACUGAUAUCUACUGUUGAACUGAGUCAAAUACGAUCCGCAGUGUGAUGAGUGCUAUUCGAUCAGACACUGACUCAUUUUGGGUCAGUUUCACUUGGAGAUUGUAGUGAAAUUUGCUCUGUUUGAAUCGGAUUAUCAUUCUUCCUACCCGGGAUUUCGGAUCAGUGAGGGCACAGAAAAUGGUCAUACUGAUCCGGCUAAACUAUACGAGUCUGCAUGGGAACCGGAACCGGAUCACAACGCUAUUCUUAUUCAAUCAAGAUCUGACCUCUUAUGAUCACACUUUUGUGCCAUUGAUAAAUGUUCUUUCAGUUUUCAACGAAUAAUAUUAUAAGCACACAGAAGUUCUUGCAUGGAGCGCAGAUUGUCAGAUGUUAAAUAAAUGUGAAUAGUUCGUAA